UCUACCUUUCCUUCUAUAAUCUCUCUCCUUGUCGCUGAGUUUCGCCUCUUUCGCAAGUCACGAGCAAAUCGAGUCUACAGAAACCAGAAACGUCUGAAAGUGAAGAAGCAGAUGAAGGACGAUCCAUCUGAUAAAGGCAGGGGCUUCCCUGUCGAUCCGAAUCUCCCUAGAUGGAUUUGUCAGAACUGUCGUCACCCCCUCUGCGUCGUAGGCGUCGAUUCAUAUGCAGACAAGUUCUUCAACGACUCAUCUCGUUCUGGGAUGCAGGGCUCCUCAGUCCAUGGGAUGGGGAGUGUGUUAGGUUCAACCCCAAUGGACAACUCAUUUGUUGUGUUACCAAAGCAAAGAAGCCAGGCGCAAGGGAUACCUCCUCGUCCUUGCAGUGCAACUUCGCAGCCUGAUACUGGGAGGGCAAUGGAAGAAUCAUUCGUGGUGUUGCCUCCUGCUGCUGCUUCCAUGUACAAGUCUGAAUCCACAUCUGAUGGAAUUGGAACCCAUUUACCAUCACAUUAUGGAGUCUCCAACAGCCCCUUGCAGCCCAACAAUUCUGGGUUUCACUCGAGCAUAACUGUCUUGAAGCGUGCAUUUGAAAUUGCCACCACCCAAACACAGGUUGAGCAACCUUUAUGCCUGGAGUGUAUGCGAGUGCUGUCUGAUAAACUUGACAAAGAGGUGGAAGAUGUCAACAGGGAUAUCAAAGCGUUUGAAGCCUGCCUUCAACGCAUGGAGGGAGAGGCCCGUGAUGUUCUUAGCGAGGCCGAUUUUCUUCGGGAGAAGUUGAAGGUUGAAGAAGAAGAGAGAAGACUUGAAGCAGCAAUUGAAGAAACCGAGAAACAAUGUGCAGAAGUAAAUGCCGAUCUGAAAGAUCUAGAAUUGAAAUCCAAGCGCUUUACAGUAUUAGAGGAACGGUAUUGGCAUGAGUUCAACAAUUUUCAGUUCGAGUUAACUUCACAUCAGGAGGAGAGAGAUUCCAUUUUGGCUAAGAUUGAAGUCUCACAAGCACAUUUGGAACUGUUGAAGCGCACCAAUGUGCUUAAUGAUGCAUUCCCUAUAUGGCACGAUGGUGAAUUUGGAACCAUUAACAAUUUUCGACUUGGACGCCUUCCUAAAAUACUGGUAUGCUGUGUCAAUAGUAAUUUAUAUGGGGAAUUGAUAAAACUCAAUAUGAAGCAGUUUGUGAGAUAUCCUGAAUUUGUCUUUUCCAGAUAUCGAAUAAAAAUUCUUCCUAUGGGAAGUUAUCCUCGAAUUAUGGACAGCAACAAUAACACAUAUGAUCUGUUUGGUCCUGUCAACUUAUUUUGGAGCACUCGCUAUGACAAAGCGAUGACUCUAUUCCUGACAUGUUUGAAGGACUUUGCAGAGUUUGCAUAUUCUAAGGAUCAAGAGAACAACAUACCUCCAGAAAAAUGUUUCAAGCUACCAUACAAGAUUGAGAAUGACAGAGUGGAGAACUACACCAUCACACAGAGUUUCAACAAGCAGGAGAAUUGGACUAAAGCUUUAAAGUACACCCUUUGUAAUCUGAAAUGGGCUCUCUACUGGUUUGUUGGGAACACAAACUUUCAGCCUCUUUCUGCAAUGGUCUCAUCGCAUUCUGAGGCUCCUGGAAUGGGUUCUUUGUACACAAAACAUGUUACGGACUCCCACUGAACCCCUGAGACGGUGAGAUUCCCCCACAACCCCCCCCCUCUUGAAGAAAAACCACAUGUCAAUAUGUAUAUAGCAACAUUCAUGCAAAAUCAAUAGUCAGAAAGCUGGUUACUACGAUAUAUAUUAAAACCUUUUAUACAA